CACGACGAAAUUGUUUGCACGAAAAAUGUCAACACCACAAAGUCCGAGUGAGAAACGUCUGCAAAAGGAACUGAUGUCCCUUAUCAAAGAACCACCACCAGGUGUUUCGGUCGAUACCGCCAGUGUUGCUAGAAAUUUAUCACAAUGGAAAAUCAAUAUUACCGGUUUUGAGGGUACCCUCUACGAGGGUGAACAUUUUCAAUUGUUGUUCAAAUUCAAUCAUAAAUACCCGUUCGAUUCGCCGGAAGUAACCUUCAUUGGCAAUAAUAUUCCCGUGCAUCCGCAUGUCUAUUCGAAUGGUCACAUCUGCCUAUCAAUACUCACAGAAGACUGGUCACCGGCAUUGUCGGUGCAAUCGGUGUGCCUCAGCAUAGCAUCGAUGCUAAGCAGUUGUCGUGAAAAGAAACGCCCGCCAGAUAACACUUUAUAUGUGAACACAUGCAACAAGAAUCCUAAAAAGACUAAAUGGUGGUAUCACGAUGAUUCCGUUUAGUUAAAUGUUAAACGAAAGCCCCACACAAUUGCCUGGGCUUUGCUGUGUUAUCCAUACAAGGUGCUGGAACAUGAAUUACAACAAGAAAUCAAUGAUAUCAUCACUUUAAGAACUAAAUUGUCUGUAAAACAAAUUCGCCGGCGUUUAAAAAAGUUACUGCUGAAACGUUUCAAGCGAACGUUUGUGAAAUUGUUCAAAACAUGUUUACAUCUUAAAUAUUU